AUGCGGGAGUUCCGACAAGGAGAAACAAAAGUUUUGAUUUGUACUGACGUUUUGUCUCGUGGGAUCGACGUUCCCCAGGUGACCCUCGUUGUCAACUUCGACUUGCCCAUUUACUACACGGCCAGGGGCCCCCGGGGGCCCCUGGGGGCCCCCCUGGGGGGCCCCCUGGGGGGCCCCCUGGGGGGCCCCCCCCCGGGCUUCGGGGGCCUCCACGGCGCCGGGCCUCCGGGCUUUGCAGGGGUGGAGGGCUCCUGGGAGGCGGGGGGCCCGGAGCAGGGGGGGCCCCCAGACCUGGGGGGCCCCCCGGGGGCCCCCGGGGGCCCCGGGGGCCCCGGGGGCCCCGGGGGCCCCGGGGGCCCCGGGGGCCCCGAAGGGGUCUGCGUGAACUUUGAAACUUACCUGCACCGCAUAGGGAGGACUGGGAGGUUCGGUCUUCGGGGAAUUGCAGUGAAUUUGGUUUGUCCUGAGGAGUUUUUCUUGUUGGAUCAAAUUAGGACUUUUUAUAAUUGCCAAAUUAAUCCUUUAAGUCCCGACACAGAAGCAAUAGAGGCCAUCAUUCGCAAACUCCGCGUCGAAGGCUCAGGGGGGCCCCCCAAGGGCCCCUGA